GUAAACAGAAACCAUAAUUGAAUUAAAACAUUUAAAACAUUUUGUCGGCAUUUAUAAACACAACUUUAUAAAGUGUUCAGUGUUCAUUGUGAUGAGUACCAAAUGAGAGAUUUUUAUAAAUAAACAAGAUUGCUUUAUCCUUCAAGGGUCUUGACCCUAUUGUGGUAUAUUUGAUACGGUCUCCAAGCAGUUUAGUUCAAGAUUACAUGAUGUUUAAGUUGUGUGUUGUAUCAUUUUUAGUACACUUUCUGACUGAAACAACCCAUUGCGCCUUUCCCAAUGUGUACGGAAGAUUUAAGCAAGAAGAAAUUACAGACGAUCCAGGGGUACCCCUAUUUCUUACCCCAUAUAUCGAACAAAACAAAAUCCAGGUGGCUCAGAGGAUAGCUCGAGUAUAUUUUAAUGGAUUCAAAGAUGUAACAAGUUACUCUGGAUACUUAACAGUGAAUAAAGCCUACCAAUCCAAUCUAUUUUUCUGGUUCUUCCCCUCCCUAGGGGAUUAUGCGAAUGACCCCGUUAUACUCUGGGUGCAAGGUGGUCCCGGGGCCACGUCCCUUAUUGGAUUAUUCGGAGAAAACGGUCCAUUCUCCGUAAUGAGUAAGCACGGGCUGAAGCUACGGCAAUACGCAUGGACGAACUCCCAUUCCGUUAUAUACAUCGACAACCCUGUUGGAACUGGCUACAGUUUUACUAACGAUGGUUACGCUCAAAAUGAAACUCAGGUCGGCCUGGACUUGUACAAUGCCCUACAGCAGUUCUUCACCAUGUUCCCGGACCUGCAGAAGAAUGAGUUUUACGUUGCAGGGGAAUCGUAUGCAGGAAAAUACGUCCCUGCGAUUGCGUACACGAUUUAUAAGAACAAUCCUUCAGCUAAGCUCAAGAUUAAUUUGCAGGGGUUGAGCAUCGGCAACGGUUUUACCGAUCCCGAGAACCAAGUCAAUUAUGGUGAUUAUUUGUACCAGUUGGGACUGAUAGAUGCAAAUACGAGGCAGACUUUUCAGAAUUAUGAACAUCAAGGUAUAAAAUACAUCCAAAACAAACAAUUCGCUGAAGCUUUUAAAGUGUUCGACAGCCUUUUAGAUGGAGACUUGAAUAACCACAAUUCCCUAUUCAAAAAUGUAACAGGGUUCGAUAGUUACUACGAUUUCCUCAACACCGUAGACCCGUCAGACGAACUCCAGUACAUGGCCAAGUACAUUCAAAGAGACGAUAUCCGAGCUACGAUCCAUGUCGGAAACUCGACAUUCCAUACCGACUCGACAGUCGAGCAGAACCUUAUGUUGGACGUUAUGCAAUCUGUGGCUCCUUGGGUGUCAGAAUUGCUGAGUAACUACCGUGUGUUGCUAUACAACGGUCAGCUUGACAUCAUCGUAGCUUAUCCUCUGACUGUUAACUACUUGCAGAAUUUGAAAUUCAGCGGGUCCGAUGAGUACAAAACUGCGCCUAGGUAUAAGUGGUAUGUCGGUACGGAUUUGGCGGGGUAUGUGAAGCAAGCUGGUAACCUGACGGAGGUGUUGGUUAGGGACGCGGGUCAUAUGGUGCCUUCCGAUCAGCCUCGGUGGGCUGUGGAUCUCAUUACGCGGUUCACGAGAAAUAAACCGUUCCACAGUAAGCGUAAUCCCGAGUAAAUGCAUGUGAUAUAUACUUUUUUUGUGAGUUUUGUGAUAAUAUAUUAAUCUUCGUUUGCAGUAAAUCGUUAUAAAAGA